UGGCCUAGAUCCAAGGCUUUGGCCCCCGCUGGUUUUGUACUUUCCGUACUAUAAAGCAGCGAUACUUCCGCGAAGGAAGAUCAGAACUCACUUUUAGUCGGCGUAGUAUGUAGAGCGAACAACGAGUUUGAGCAGCAGAUAGUCAGUGACCAGUGGUGACGAACACAACGUCGUUGAACUAUCGGUACUUGCGAGACUCCACAAUACUACUCAGAAUCUGUGUGACUACAGUGCAAACGCGUGUACGUGUGGGGGUGUUGGAGCUUUGCGGGAUCCGGGAGAGCUCGCAGAAAACCGACUCGCAAGGACCUUAGGGCUCGGCAAGAUAACGACCGACUGCUGAGAUACGUGCAGAAGAAGACAGUGUAUAAAUUGAACUGAGAAAGUCUUGAUCACUUCAGAGUCUAUUGGAUUAACACGCAAGCGCUAUCAAAGAGUUCACCAAGAGUUCUGACUUUCAGGAAGGAAGACAUUACCCAGUGAGAAUGAGUUCCGUCGAUAUCAACACAGCAAUGGUGGACAGGGCUAGCACAUGUAGUGGUGUGCAGCAUAGCAGCGGUGUGGAGGAGCUGCAGUGCAGGCCAGCGCUGCAGGCCCACCGGCCGUACAAGAUUGCACUGACUGGCAACUGUGGUGUGGGCAAGACAAGUUUGGCAUGUCGCCUGUCCAAUCCAGACUGGAUAUUCCAGCAGGUUAAUUCUACCAUUGGAAUGGAGUACCGACAUAGGAUGCUGAAAGUCGGCGAUCAGCUAGUCAAACUGCACCUUUGCGAUACACAGGGUGAGGAGAGAUUUGGCCGUGUCACUACAAGUUUCUAUCGCGUGGCACACGCCGUCUUUCUGGUGUUCGACGUCACAAACUACGAGACUUUCCAGGAUCUGCUAUUCUGGACCGACGAGGUGCUGACAUAUCAGCGAUCAGAGCAAGUGGUGAAGACCGUCAUUGGCAACAAGUCCGACGUCGCGAGCAAACGAGAGGUGGACGAAGAGACGGCAAAAGCGUUCGCCGAGUCCCGAGGUCUGCAGUACUUCGAGACGAGCGCGUGCAACGGCGACAACAUCGAAGACCUGCUGCAGGACGUGUGCCACAAGAUGAUCGGCUUCAGCUGCACUGGCUCUGGCUCGGCAUCAUCUGGCAGCUCACACAGCGGGACCAAUGCAUCCGGGUUUGAUGGCGUCGACGGUGGCGCGGUCACUCUAGGUCAGACACUCAGGCCACGGGGCAGUUGCCUCUCCUGCUGAAUGACGGCACACUGCUUACUAGAACAUUGAUACACAUUCACAAUCCGUGCGCCGUGAAACCAUGAUCACACCGGUUGAACACCACGCAAAGUUGUUUCAUGCAAAAGCCUAUAAUUGAUCACAUCCAGGGCUAUUUCUGUGGUCCUAUGAUACUGCAGGGCUAAGCAUGGGAUCAACACUUGUUCUUGAUUUCGAGACCUCUGUGCAUAGAACGUUGAGCGAUGAUGAGACCUAACUAGCAACACUAUAUUUAGCAAGCUAACCCUUGAGAUAAACUACUCGCCACUGAGCCGAGCACUAUACCGGUAAUUGUAACGCUGGCACUUCAUUCAAUUUACAGCUUUUUAACAGCAAUACUUCCCAACUACUCUCGCCUGCGUACACUGCAUUGCGUACACUGCGUCUUGCAUUAUGCUGCUGCUGCAUACACAUGUAUGAUGUAGUACAAGUACAAGUAGAUAUCUAUUGCUGACUGUGGGUAUGAUGGUCCUAGUUUAGAAGCUGGCUUGUUUGAUAAGCAUAGCAUCAGUUGGGGAGGCAAAGGCAACUGGGGAGAGGAGAUGAUGAGCACCGCCCUCCCCGAAUGUCCAGCUUUAUGUAUUUAUCCUACUCACAGACAACCAUGGUGGUGAUAAUUGCA